AUGGAUUCUUCUUAUCAACCAAGUGAAGAAGAGAAUCUUUAUUGCUAUCCAGACAUAAAUGGAUCCUGCACCAAACUCUACCGCUCACCGACUACACUAGCAAUAUUGUACUUUUUGUGUGGCAUGACCAUGAUAGCCACUAUAUUCGGCAACCUUCUUGUGAUAAUUGUAAUCGCCCAUUUCAAAGUACUGCAUUCUCCUACCAAUGUUUUAAGUCUGUCUCUAGCACUGACAGACUGUCUCUUAGGCAUCCUUGUCUUACCAUUCUGUACUGUUAGGUCUGUGGAAACUUGCUGGUAUUUUGGAGACGGAUUCUGUAGAGUACAUACUGGACUGGACACACUUUUUUGUUUAGCUUCAGUUUUCCACCUCUGUUUUAUUUCUAUUGAUCGUUACUGUGCGAUCUGUAAUCCUUUUCGGUACCCAUCCUUGAUUUCUGUUCGUGUGGUGUGUGUGUCAGUUGCAGCUGGCUGGGUCAUUACCACAGUUUAUACAUAUGGCAUGCUCUAUUCAAAGGAUCUUGAGGAGGCAUUAGUCAAAUUUGUUCCAAAUAAAUCCUGUAUUGGUGGCUGCCAGCUUGUAUUCAUGACAUUGUGGGGGUGGGUAAAUUUCCCAGUUUUCUUUCUUCCAUGUUUCUUGAUGAUGGGUUUAUAUGUGAAAAUAUUUAUUGUUGCCAAAAAGCAAGCUAAACUUAUAGCUGACAGUAGCCAAUGUACAGCACAAGGAAGAGCUUCAAAAAGGGAAAGGAAGGCAGCCAAGACUCUUGGAGUUGCUGUCAGUGUGUACGUUCUGUGUUGGGUUCCUUUUAUUGUUGAUACUAUGCUUGAGUCAUUUUAUACAUCCAUUACCCCUCCACUGCUCUUUGAUUUUCUUAUGUGGUCAACCUAUUUAAACUCUGCAUGCAAUCCUAUAAUAUAUGGAUUCUUUUAUCCUUGGUUUCGGAAAGCACUGAAAAUCAUUAUAACUGGGAAAAUAUUUCAUAAGGGUUCUUCCACAAUAAAUCUUUUUCAAGAUUAA